AUGGCCUCAGAACAAUUGAGACUCGCCAUAACAUUGAGAUAUCUAGCUACUGGUGAUUCUUUCGUAAGCUUGAUGUAUUUGUUUAAAGUGUCUAGACAACUGAUAUCUCGUAUUGUUCCCGAGGUGUGUUAUGCUUUAAUCUCUACGUUGAAAGAAUUCAUAAAGUUACCUAAUACAAAAGAUGAAUGGAUGGAGGUGGAACGUGGAUUCAACGAUUUAUGGAAUUUUCCUAACUGCCUGGGCGCAAUAGAUGGAAAACAUGUUGUCAUCCAAGCACCGAGAAAUAGUGGAAGUGACUUUUUCAAUUACAAAUCGCAGUUCAGUAUUGAACUUUUUGCAUUAGUUGAUGCCAAAUAUUCUUUUAUGUAUGUGGAUGUAGGAUGCAAAGGAAGAAUUUCAGAUGGGGGUAUUUUUAGUAAUAGCACUUUGUACAAUAAACUGCGACAGGAACAAUUAAAUUUACCACCGCCUUGCAAUUUACCAGGGAGAAAUAAACCAAUGCCCCACGUGAUUCUGGCCAAUGAUGCUUUUGCAUUAGACAUAAAUGUGAUGAAACCUUAUGCUGGAAAACACAACUUGGGAAGUAAAGAAAGAGUUUUCAACUAUUGUCUAAGCAGAGCAAGGAGAAUAGUUGAAAAUGUUUUUGGAAUAAUGUCCUCCGUAUUUCGAGUUUUAAGAAAACCUAUGUUACUGGAUAACGAAAAAGCUCAAAUUAUAACGUUGACAUGUGUUCAUCUACAUAAUUUUCUGAUAAAGUCGCGAACGUCAUCUACACUGUACUGUCCGAAUGGUUCGUUUGAUAACGAAAAUCUGAAUACACGUGAAACCAAUCCAGGAUCAUGGAGAUUAGAUAACACCCCAAUGGGAAAUUUAUAUUCAUUACCACAAAUGAGUCGUAGAUUAAGAAGUGAUGCUAAAGAAAUCAGGGAAGAAUUUGCAAACUAUUUCAAAUCAGAUAUAGGAAUGCUGUCAUGGCAAGAAACUGUUGCGUAAUCCAACAAAAGUGUACUUGUACUUAAUGUUUAUAGUAGCAGACAUUGAUGUCAUUCAAACAUUGUAUGUCAACUAAUUAAUAAUAAUUUAAAGUUUUAUAUUUUUAUUUGAGAAGUUAUUCUUAGCAAGAUUUUUGUAUAAAUAAAAUAGAAAUGAUAAAUUAAAAAAUAACAUUUUUUAUGAUAAUGAGCUUAUUAUCAAUAAAGUCAUUAAAAAAAGAGAUAGUCUGUUAUUAAUAAUAAAUUAAUUUCUUAAUACUAAAUUAUAAUAAUAAUAAAUUUAUGUGAUGUCA